AUGGAACGAGUUUUAGAAGAACCUAGGUUGCGGAUGACGGAAAAAGGUCGUGUUUUCAGGAUUCACUAUCCUGCUACCAAUUUCCCUAAGAUAAGAUUUCUAGGUGAUUAUCUCCUGAGACUAUCCUUAUCUAAUUUGUCUCUGAUUGAAUCCACUUGGAUUCCGCCGACUGAAAUUGCGACGAAAAGUUGUCUCGAUAAAGGACAAUCAGAAGCUUUUUGCAAAAAUCAUGUCAGGGUUUUAUUGGAAUUGGAGAACGAAGACUCCAUAUUGGUCUGUGGCACAAACGCCUUUUUUCCUCAAUGCUGUGUGAGAAAGAUAACCGAUCUCAAACAAGCAGGACAAUGUGCCAGGGCCGUCGGAGUUUGCCCUUAUUCCCCUUUGGCCAACUCGACUGCCAUUUUGAUCUCCGAAUCCAACAACAAACAGUUUGUUCACAACCGAGAUGGAUUUUUGGCAAGGGAUCGUUUUGGACAACUUGACAGAGAUAGCCCGAAGAAAAAUUUUGGUUUUCUCGGAAAACAAAUUUUGUAUGCUGGGGCUACAAUGGACUUCUCUGGUCAGGACGCUGCCAUUUAUAGGACUGAUCUGUCGAAUGGAAAAUCAGGUUCUCUUCCAUCAUUAAGGACUCACCAGUACGACCCACAUUGGCUGAACGACCCACAAUUUGUUGGAUCCUUUGAAGAUGAAUCUUAUGUCUAUUUUUUCAGAGAAGUUGCAGUCGAGUACAUCAAUUGUGGAAAGGUGAUUUAUUCUCGUAUAGCUCGUGUGUGCAAAAAUGAUUCAGGAGGUCAUUCGAUGAUGCAGAAGAAUUGGUCAUCAUUCUUAAAAGCAAGAUUGAAUUGUUCAAGAUCAGGAGAGCACCCAUUUUAUUUUAAUGAAAUCCAAGACAUGGCUUAUGAUGAGGAAGAAAGAGUCGUUUAUGCUAUUUUUUCUACACCAGUGAAUAGCAUUGCAGGAUCUGCAAUAUGUUCUUUCAACAUGUCGGCUGUCCAAAAAUCCUUCUCAGGUUCCUACAAACACCAGCCAACACCUACGAGUCAAUGGGAAGCUAAAAUGGACGACCAUCAUGAAUGCGGUUCCAAUAAAGUGCCCCGUUACCAACUAAUGGACCAUCCAGUACAACCAAUUCAAAGGGAUCCGCUCCACCAAGUCGAACUGGAAAGAUACACCCAUAUGGCAAUCGAUAAGGUGGACACAAAACUUCAUACAGGAGUCCGAAUAAUUUUUGUAUCGAAUGAUAGAAAUGAAAUCAAGAAGAUUUCCAUAUUGUCUCGGACAGGCAGGGCUUGUGUUAUCGAUGUGUUUAGGCUGGAAGAGAAAGGAGGCUUUGUUGGUGGAAUUAGGGAGAUGGAAUUUAAUAAAUUUAUGAACUCUUUGUAUAUUUUGACAAAGACUUCAGUGUGGAGAGUACCUGUAGAACAUUGCUCGAGAUUGAAAACAGAACGAUCUUGCUUAGAUUCGAUGAACCCGUAUUGUGGUUGGGAUAAAACAGCUUAUAGUGAAUCUGGUAUUCGAGAAGGUGCUUGCACAAGAGCUCCAGACGCAGAGCCUCUAAAUCCUUCCUGGCAACAGAAUCCUGUCGGGUGCCCUCAAGACAGCAAAAGACGCCAACCACAAUGGUCAGAGUGGUCGCCAUGGACCAAAUGUGCACAAGCUUCUGAAAACAACAUAGAUUCUCUCGACUAUGAUGAUUCCCAGCAAGAUUGGUGUUUAUGUCAGACUCGUACAUGUUUUGGUUCGAGUACUUCUGCAAGAGGCGCCAAUUCUUGGUCGAAAAUUAGUUCGGUGCCGAGUGAGUGCUCUGGACCUAGUACUAGGAUUACUAAUUGCACCAGGCAUGGUGGAUGGACGCCCUGGUCGCCUUGGUCAGCUUGCUCACAGAGUUGUGGAGUGGCCGUGAAGACCCGUCGCCGUUCCUGCACAGCCCCCAGUCCGGCCCACGGGGGGCGCGUCUGCGUCGGUCCGGAGUCUCAUGAGAUCUAUUGCACGGACAACCCGCCAUGUCCCACGGAAGCCCCGACGAUGGACCCCUUGGAGCACGAUGACGAUGAGUUAGAUCGGGAUUUGGAGGGUGAUUCCGAAAUUGGGGGUGAGAGUUCUUGGUCCGCGUGGUCGCCCUGGUCGUCAUGCUCGGCACAAUGCUCCGGAGGAUUUCGAGUACGACGACGAGUUUGCACCACCACAUUUCCAUCAUCAUCAUCAUCAUCAGGAUCAUCAUCCGGAUCAUCUUCCGGAUUACUACGACGAAGACAACACCAAUCAGCGUCUUCCAGAGACGUACACCCACACCCACACGCACACUCACGUACACAUGCACACGCACGUGCACAGACACACGCACACGCACAUACACGACCUCACACACGUACAUCUGCUGAGGACGUGGACGACGAUCAAGACAGGAGGAGGAGGAGAAGAGAGAUUGGUGCCGGUGACGUUGACGCCUACCAAGGUGUUGACCACGGUCAUGGGGGAAGGUUCCACGAGUCUGGUGUUGAUGUUCAACAAGACAGGUCAAGACGAUAUGAUUCUCACAUCCUCGAUUAUUCCAACAAUGAGCAUUAUGACAAGCCUGGCACCAGAAACUUUGUUACCAAGUCUGGCACCAGAAACUUUGUUACCAAGUCUGGCACCAGAAACUUUGUUACCAAGUCUGACACCAGAAACUUUGUUACCAAGUCUGACACCAGAAAGUAUAUUACCAACACCAAGUUCGACCCCAAGUCUGUCAUCAACAAUGGAGGUACCUCUGGAGUUGGACAUGUACGAGCUAACAUUCCUUCCGGAGACAGAGUCUUCAAGCCAGAGCAAUUUGAUACCAUCGAGCACCGAGGAAGACACCACAAUAACAAUAAAGAAGACGAGGAAUUUAACGUUGACCAGGACAAGCACAAGAACAAGAAGCCACACAGAGACUUUACCACUGGAGUUGAAACCAACAGCCUCGAUGAACCAGGAGAGUUCAAUUCCGGAGGAAGACAGUACAACAACUUUGACAUCAACAGUGAGAUUGACGAGAACGUUGACUCAGAGCUUGGUUCCAAAUACAGUACCAAUUUUGGAACAAAACACGUCCAUGGCUACAAGCAUAGAAGACAGCACAACCACAACAACCUUGACGUCGACCAGGACGUUGAGGUUGACGAAGACACUGACUCGUCAGAACGUGGAAACAUUAACAUCAAGUCUGGAACCACUAAACACACCAAUUUUGGAGCAAAACACAUCGAUCUUAUUAGCUCCAAGCAUGGAAGCAGACAGCACAACCACAACAACGUUGACGUCGACCAGGACGUUGAGGUUGACAAAGACACUGACUCGCCAGAAUACAGUAACAUUAACAUCAAGUCUGGAACCAAGUACAGCACUAAUUCUGGAGCGAAACACAUCCAGUCCAAGCUUGGAAGAAAACAGUACGACUACAUUGACAUCAACAAGAACAGUCAGGUUGACCAGGACGCUGACUCGUCAAAAUACAAUAACAUUGACUUCAAGUCUGGAACCAAGUACGACAGCAAUUUUAGAGCAAAGCACAUCGAGUCCGAGUCUGGAAGAAAACAGUACGACAACAGUAACAUCAACAAGAACCUUAAGGCUUACAAGAACAUUAACUCGCUUGAACACAGUAACCUUAACAUCCAGUUUGGAGCAAAACACAUCGAGUACUCAGAUUCCAGAAAUAGACAGCACGUCAACAUCAACAAGAACAGUAACACUAACUCGAACAAGUACUCGAAGACACACAGUGACUUUACCACUGGAGUUGAAACCAACAAUAAUUUCAACACCAAUAGUAAACCAGGAAAUUCCAAUAAUCAAGGAAGAUAUGUCGAGCAACUUGAUCUUGCGUCUGGCAAGGACUAUAAGAGUCCAGGACAACAGUAUACAACCGACAAGAGUUUAAUAUAUUCUACAACUAACACUAAUUCUAGAACAGGUGUCGGGAAUACUAACAAAGCAGAUUUACAAUUAGUCAAUAAUAAAAAUCAUGAUAUAAAAUAUUUGAAUGCAAGACAAGAUGACUUUACCAGUAAACAAGUACAUCAGUUUUUCCAAUCCGAGCAAUAUCCGGAUUAUGAAUUCCUGGACGAUUUUGAGGAUGAUACAUCGAGACGUGUGAGAUCCAAAAGAUCUUUUAAUGAUGACAUUGGUGAUGAUGAUGAAACGUUGUCGAGACAACAUCGACAUGCCAAACGUAAACAUAGCAGCAGCAAAAACUUGUGUAUUGGGAAUGAUGUUGAGUACGAGGUUUGCAAUGAGCAUCCUUGCCAGAUGCACAGGAAGUACAGCGCCUGGACGCAAUGGUUUCCUGUCAAAAAUGAAUCUGGUUCAAUUUCCGAGUUGCACAGAUUCCGGUACAUGUGUUCAGCACCAGUGGCUGCUGCGUCCAGGAUCAAGUUCUCAAUGAGGGAAGAAAGACGAGUCCGAGAUAUUUCUAGAGAUCGUUUCGAUUUCGAUAAUGAUGAUCACGAUUUCGAUCUUGUCUCGGAUAUUGAGGGCGAUUCAGAUUUUGAUAACAAAGGAGACAAGGAUCGGAGGGAGGAUGGACUGAUUUUGGAUAAAAAGAUGGAAAGGGAUAAGAGGGUUAAUCUGGUGGAGGAAGGAGCGAGUAGAUAUCAGGAGUGCGAAGAGAAGUCUACGAUUUUGAGAGCAAGUGCAAUGAUAGUGGCCCUUUCGAGUGCAGGAGCGUUCCUCUUAGGAGCCACUUGUACAGGAGGCAUAAUCCUUUACAAACUAAGACGAGGAGGCCUUGAUGUUUACACCAAGAGAAGAGUUCGAGUACCUUCUUCACCUCAUUAUGUUACACAACCAACCACUAAGCAAAAUUCUUAUGUUAGCGUGCCACUUAGAGAAGUGUCUGUUAAAAGACAGUCAAGUUUCUCUGGUCGUGGAAACACUCUGCACAAGUCAAAUAAUAUUUCGAGCAACCAAUGUCCAACUCCCAAGCUCUAUCCAAAGGCAAUUUGCUCAGAAUUAAAUUCGACGUUGAAAAGAGGUAGCAGCAGUGGUAAUUCGGAUAAUAUUAUGAAUAACAGGGAUCAGGAUAAGUUUUAUUAAUGAAAUCAUUAAGUGUU